AUGGCCCAUUUUUGGUCUGCUGAGAAUGCCACAAAUGCCUACCUCAAAACCUUGAAUAUGGUGCACAAACCAAAUGAGCCAGACGAAGUGGAGUUCAUAUCAGCGCUGGCCGCCGGGAGCAACGCGAAACUAAUGGUGGUUGCGUGCGCUGGAGCGGCCGACGCCACCGCGCUAACCCUAGUGGCGGCGGCUCAUCAAAACGGAGGCCGAGUGGUCUGCAUUCUCCGGGGAAACGAGGAGCUAGACCUGUCGGAAGACCUGAUCCUCGGCCUCGGUGUUUGCCACGUGGAGUUUGUCAUCGGCGACGCGCAAAGCCUGCUUCUCACUCACUACCGGGAAGCGGAUUUCGUGCUCAUCGACUGCAAUCUCGAGAAUUACGAGGGAAUUCUUAGGGCGGUCCAAGUGUCCCCCGCCUACAAGAAGGGCAAUAAUGGCGCCGUUUUCGUCGGCUUCAACGCUUUUCGCAGAGCAUCGUGGCGGUCCAAUAUUGUUGGAUCGAGGACUCAGUUGUUGCCUAUUGGAGAAGGAUUGUUGGUGACGAGAAUUUAUGCUAAUAAUAACAAGAACAAUAUAACAAGAUCAGUGAUUAAUGGGAAGAGAAGAUCACAUAAUUGGGUUGUGAAGGUGGAUAAAUGCACGGGUGAAGAGCAUGUGUUUAGGGUCAGAUCAUCAUUUCCACAAGGCGCAGAGAUUGAAGCUUAG